AGCAAUUAAAACUACCGUUACCUUUAAGAUAGUUCAUGAGUGUGGUACUGGUGUUGUAACUUCAUCUCCUUAAAUUCAAUCAUCCAAACUGUUACUACGUUUUGAGAAUCCUUUCUCUCUUUCUACCAUUUUCUACUAUCCAUUUCCAAAAUCAUUGAAUUGAAUUAAAUUGAAUAAACCCAACCAAACCCAAACAGUACUUAUAUCUUUGCCGACACACAAAACAAACCCCUUUUUGUUUGGGAAUAUCUUUAAAAUUUCUAUCACCCUCUCAUUUUCUGUCUCGACGUUUCCUCUUUAUUCUUAAUUAUUACUAUUAUUAUUACAACUUUUUUGUUUUUUCUUCUUUUUCGUAAAGAAACGAAAACUCUUGAGUUUGCUUUCAAUGGCGACGAAUGUUUCCAAUGAGAAUGAGAAAGAUAAGAUGGGUAUGAAGAAAAAGAAUAAGGAAGUUAUUCGGUUGGAGCGUGAAUCUGUUAUCCCUGUUUUGAAGCCUAAGAUUAUUAUGACUUUGGCUAAUCUUAUUGAACAUAGUUCCGAUAAGGCUGAGUUUUUAAAGUUCUGUAAGAGAGUUGAGUACACCAUUCGAGCCUGGUAUCUCUUACAGUUUGAAGAUUUGAUGCAAUUAUACUCCCUCUUUGACCCUGUCCAUGGAGCGCAAAAGCUGGAACAGCAGAAGUUAUCUCCAGAAGAAAUUGAUAUUCUUGAAGAAAAUUUCCUGAGUUACAUGUUUCAGGUUAUGGAUAAGAGUAAUUUCAAGAUUGUGAGCGAUGAGGAAAUUGAAGUUGCACAUACUGGACAGUAUCUUUUGAACCUUCCGAUCUCUGUGGAUGAAUCUAAGCUUGACCAGAAGCUCUUGAAGAGGUACUUUUCAAAACAUCCUCAAGAAAAUCUUCCAGAAUUUGUUGAUAAGUAUGUAAUUUUCCGACGUGGCAUUGGUAUUGACCGUACUACUGAUUACUUUUUCAUGGAGAAAGUGGACAUGAUGAUAGCACGCUUAUGGGGAAAGCUUUUGCAAGUAACUGGGAUACAAAAACUUCGGUCCAUGUUUUCAAAGUCGCGUCAGCGGAGUAUAAGAGACAGAAAGAAAGAUGAUGAGCUUGGAUCUGAGUCCGAUCAAGACGAUCUCUAUGUAGAACGGAUCAGAAUCCAGAAUUUGGAAUUCAGUUUGCGCAAUCUUCUCAGCAAGAUUACCAUUCAAGAACCUACUUUUGAUAGAAUGAUCGUUGUAUACAGGCGAGCGAGUCCUAAAGGAAAAUCAGACAGGGGUAUAUAUGUAAAACAUUUCAAAAAUAUUCCAAUGGCUGACAUGGAAAUUGUUUUGCCUGAGAAGAAAAAUCCAGGUCUAACACCAAUGGACUGGGUCAAGUUUCUUGGUACCGCAAUUGUUGGGCUGGUUGCUGUUGUAAGUUCACUUGAGAUUAGGGCCGAUCUUUGGGUUGUCAUUGCUGUCCUUUCCACGUUAAUUGGUUACUGUGCAAAGACAUAUUUUGCCUUUCAGCAGAACCUGGCUGUAUAUCAGAAUCUUGUUACCCAGUCAAUGUAUGACAAACAACUCGACAGUGGAAAGGGAACCCUUCUUCACUUAUGUGAUGACGUGAUUCAGCAAGAGGUCAAGGAGGUUAUUGUAUCGUUUUUCAUACUGAUGGAACAGGGUAAAUGUACUAGAGAGGACCUUGAUCUACACUGCGAGGCAUUAAUCAAGGAAGAGUUUGAUGAGAGCUGUAAUUUUGAGGUGGAUGAUGCUGUACAGAAGUUGGAGAAGUUGGGUGUUGUUUCUAGGGAUUCAAUCGGCAGGUAUUUUGCUGUAGGCCUAAAGCGAGCUAAUGAGAUAAUCGGAACUACUACUGAAGAACUUGUUAUGAAAGCUAGACAGGCAACGAGUAAUUCUUGAUGUGCUACUUGCACGGAGUUUUCUCUGACUUUUAUGCUUGUGUUUUCGAUGUAAAUACCAUAGGGAAAUUUGUGUUGGGUAUUUAUCAAUUCUUAACAUUCAUGUUUCAAUUAGUGUUUAUGAUAUAGUACUUUAUAUAACAUAUAGUAGUACAUAUAUUCCAUGCAUUUAUAGCCGACUGGCGUUAUGAUUCUUUGA